AUGACGGAGCGGAGUUCAUUGGUUCUCAAACGCUGGUGUUCUCAGCCAUCGCCCAGGCCCCAGCGCGGGGAUUCUGAUUCGGAAGAUGAUAAGACUGAAGCCGAGAGGCUAGCACUUGCCCAAGGCUGCAAAGCUGCUGCUUCAACUGAAAAUGUCACCUGCAUUGUUAAGAUCUUGGUUGCAGGAACUGAACUUUCUCACAUCUGCUCUAAGGGUAAGUUUAACAAAAACAAGCACAACUGUGAUAAUAGCCCUCAAAAUGAUCCCCCGAUGAAACGUGGGUCCUGGUCCUCAUUUGUGCUGCUGUCGUCUGGGGUUCCUGUAUGCGACAGCCUGGAUGUGACUAUCGGGAGUCAGCAGCGAGCUGCGGGCUCGCUCAGUGUUACUCACUGCUCCUUGCAGUCUUCAGCCAUUAAACUGAUGAUCUCUGGGCUUGACUCAGCUGGGCUUCAGAAAGACAUCUUGGAGAUGGAAAUCUGUGGAAGACCUGAGGAUGGUUUGUGCAUGGCCACAGCGCUCAGCGCGAAAGGGUGUGCUGUCCAACAGGUUGGGCUGGAGACUUCCCAGACUGUGUUCCUGGAGGACGGGUCUCGUCAGCUGAAGCUGGCACCUGGUGGAAACUGCCGCUCAGAAACCCCUCUUGAGGCUCCUGCUGAGCAACGUGUGAUAGCUCUUCUCCAACGAGGCCACGUCUUAGCGUUGGCUGUUGAUCGGAUGACUCUCCCAAGUUUAGAUACCAAAUUAACAUCCAAAUUAGCAGAAGAUGUCAAUACCAAAUUAGCAUCCUGGCUUUCAAGUCAGUCUCUUCAAAGACUGAAGGAAGAGAAGGAAGCCAGGCGGGCACGUUUGGAUGGUAGACAUGACUACUUAUUUGCGAUUGUAGCUUCCUGCGUGGACCUGAACAAAACUGAAGUGGAGGAUGCCAUUCUCGAAGGGAGUCAGAUUGAUAGAAUCGAUCAGCUUUUUGCUGUUGGAGGUCUUCGUCAUGUGAUGUUUUAUUACCAGGAUGUGGAGGUAGCAGAAACAGGACAACUUGACUCUUCCGGAAAAGUGAAGAAACCGAAGGUGUUCGUGACUGAGGGGAAAGAUGUUGCUCUCACUGGAGUGUGUGUGUUCUUCAUCAGGACCGACCCUUCCAGAGCCGUCACCCCUGAGAACAUCCACCGGGAGGUGAGCUUUAGCAUGCUGGAUGCCACGGACGGGGGCCUGCUCAACAGUGUGAAGUGUUUGCUGUCGGACCUCUUCAUUCCUGCCCUCAGGGCCACGAGCCACGGUUGGGGCGAGCUGGAGGGGCUGCAGGAAGCCGCCGGCAUCCGGCAGGAGUUCCUGAGCUCUCUGGAAGCCUUUGUGAGCGUCCUGUCAGGCGCACAGGAGAGUUUGAAGGAGAAGGUGAACCUUCAAAAGUGUGACAUAUUUGAAUUGAAAACCCUGAAGGAGCCAGUAGACUACCUGACGCUAGCUAAUAACCCCGAGACUCUGGAAAAAAUAGAAGGUUGUAUGAAAGUAUGGAUCAAACAGACAGAACAGGUCCUCGCUGAAAACAACCAGCUGCGGAAGGAGGCGGAUGACCUCGGGCCCCGAGCCGAGCUGGAGCACUGGAAGAAGAGACUGUCCACAUUCAACUACCUUCUGGAUCAACUGAAAAGCCCAGACGUGAAGGCUGUGUUGGCGGUUCUUGCUGCUGCCAAGUCGAAACUUCUGAAGACUUGGCGGGAGAUGGAUAUUCGAAUCACUGAUGCAUCUAAUGAAGCGAAGGACAAUGUCAAAUAUUUGUACACACUUGAAAAAUGCUGUGACCCCUUGUACAGCAGUGACCCUAUAUCCAUGAUCGAUGCUAUUCCUACACUUAUAAAUGCAAUUAAAAUGAUCUAUAGUAUCUCUCAUUACUAUAACACCUCUGAGAAGAUCACAUCGCUGUUUGUAAAGGUGACCAAUCAGAUGAUAUCUGCGUGUAAAGCUUACAUCACCAACAAUGGGACCGCGUCCGUGUGGAGCCAGCCUCAGGAUGUUGUUGUGGAAAAAAUAUUAUCCGCAAUUAAACUUAAACAGGAAUACCAGGACUGCUUUCACAAGAUGAAACAAAAGCUCAAACAAGAUCCAAAUGAAAAACAGUUUGAAUUUAGCGAGAUGUACAUUUUUGGAAAAUUUGAAACUUUCCAUCGACGUCUUGCCAAGAUAAUAGACAUCUUUACGACUUUUAAGACAUAUUCAGUUCUGCAAGAGUCUAAAAUCGAAGGGCUGGAGGACAUGGUCACUAAAUACCAGGGUAUUGUUGCCACCAUAAAGAAAAAGGAAUAUAAUUUCUUAGACCAGCGGAAAAUGGAUUUCGACCAGGAUUAUGAAGAAUUUUGCAAGCAGACUAAUGACCUUCAUAAUGAAUUGCAGAAGUUCAUGGAUGUCACAUUUGAAAAGAUUCAAAACACAAAUCAAGCUCUAAGUAUGUUAAAGAAAUUUGAAAGACUGAAUAUACCCAAUCUUGGUAUUGAUGACAAAUAUCGGCGUAUCCUUGAACACUAUGGGGCUGACAUUGAUAUGAUCUCAAAGCUGUAUACAAAGCAGAAAGGCGACCCCCCUUUGGCCCGAGACCAGCCCCCCAUCGCUGGGAAGAUCCUGUGGGCCCGUCAACUCUUCCACAGAAUUCAGCAGCCAAUGCAGCUUUUCCAGCAGCAGCCGACUGUGCUGCAGACGGCGGAAGCCAGACCUGUGAUUCGAAGUUACAACAGGGUGGCCCAGGUCCUCCUGGAGUUUGAGGUUCUUUACCACAGGGCAUGGCUCCAGCAGAUUGAAGAAAUUCACGUUGGACUUGAGGCCUCUUUAUUGGUAAAGGCUCCGAGAACAGGGGAAUUGUUUGUAAACUUUGACCCUCAGAUAUUAACCUUAUUUAGAGAAACAGAGUGCAUGUCGCAGUUGGGUCUGGAAGUGUCACCAUUUGCAGCUGCCCUUUUCCAGAAACGGGAUAUAUACAAGAAGAACUUCAGUAACAUGAAGAUGAUGCUGGCUGAGUAUCAGAGAGUGAAGUCAAAAAUGCCGCCUGUCGUCGAGCCGCUUAUGGGGCCUCACCUGGCGACAGUGGAGGCAGCUCUGCAGCCUGGCCUGGCCGCGCUCACCUGGACGUCACUUAACAUUGAGACAUACUUGGAUCACGCUUUCGCAAAGAUCAGGGACCUGGAAUUGCUGCUUGACAAGGUCAGUGAUUUGAUAGAGUUCCGCAUUGAUGCCAUCCUGGAAGAAAUGAGCAGCACGCCUCUCUGUCACCUUCCCCAGGAGGACCCACUCACCUGCGAAGAGUUUCUCCAGACGACAAAGGACCUUUGUGUAAAUGGUGCUCAGACACUACACUUUAAAAGCUCAUUAGUAGAAGAAGCAGUCAAUGAGCUAAUAGAUAUGUUGCUGGAUGUGGAAGUUCCAUCUAAAGACGAAAGUGAAAAAGUAUCCGAUGUGAAUAGUGCUGAUUCAAAAAACAAAGGUUCAGCAAAAAGAGAAGAAGGCCAUUCAGACACCUUGACAUCUUCCCUUAAUGCCGGUGCAGGCCUCCUUCCUUUGACGACAAUCAUGAGAAAGAAGAAAGAGACUGAGUUGUUAGAGGAAGAGGAAAAAAAAAAAAGCCGGCAGCCGAACAGCAUUCGGAAAACAGGGACAGGCCGCUCGGCGCAGAGCCAGGGAACGUUCCUGACCAGAGACAGCAACAGUGCAUCUCAGAUGAAGUCGAAGAGUCGGCCCCUUUUCCGGGCAGGCAUUACUCUGGCCAUCCCCAACAUCACCAUGGUCCCUGCCCUGGAGGACACACAGCAGAUGCUGAACAAAGCCGUGGAGUGCGUCGUCAGCGUCACCAAGGGGGUUAGACAGUGGAGCGGUGAGCUGUUGUCCAAGAAAAAGGUUCACGAAAGGAAAAUGGCUGCUUUGCAGAAUAAUGAAGACAGUGAUUCUGAUGCUGAAAUGGGAUUUAAUGAACCUCCAGAUACCUUUGAGAUAGCAUCUGUAAAUUUACCCAUUCCCGUGCAAACCAGGAACUAUUAUAAGAAUGUUUCUGACAACAAAGAAAUUGUAAAAUUAGUCUCUGUGCUUAGCACAAUCAUCAGCUCCAUCAAAAAGGACGUUAUUGCAUCCAUGGAUUGCUUCAAAUGCUACAAUCACAUUUGGCAAAAGGAGAAAGAAGAAACCGCUAUGAUGUUUAUUAUGAAAAACCCCUCGCUUUCUGAAUUUGAAUCCCAGAUUCUCUAUUUCCGAAACCUAGAGCAAAAAAUCAAUGCUGAGCCUGAAUAUAUCUGUGUGGGUCCCAUCGCUCUAUACACAGCUGACUUGAAGUUUACCUUGACUGCCGAGACCAAGGCCUGGAUGGUUGUCAUCGGCCGUCACUGUAACAAAAAAUACAGGAGUGAGAUGGAAAACAUUUUUACCCUUGUUGAAGAAUUCAAUAAGAAACUGAAUCGUCCAAUUAAAGACCUAGAUGAUAUUCGGAUUGCUAUGGCAGCACUGAAGGAAAUCAAGGAGCAGCAAAUUCCCAUUGACUUUCAAGUAGGACCUAUCGAGGAAUCCUAUGCCCUGCUUAACAAAUACGGCCUUCUGAUAGCGAAGGAAGAGAUGGACAAAGUUGAUACACUGCGUUAUGCGUGGGAAAAGCUUCUGGUUCAUGCCAGUGAAGUUCAGAAUGAGUUAGUCUCCCUACAGCCCAGUUUCAGGAAAGAGCUUAUUAGUACCGUGGAGGUCUUUGUCCGAGACUGUCACCAGUUCUACUUGGACUAUGAUUCGAAUGGCCCAAUGGCUAGUGACUUGAAACCCCAGGAAGCCAGUGAUAGGCUGAUCAUGUUUCAGAAUCAAUUUGAUAAUAUCUACCGAAAAUACAUCACCUAUACCGGGGGAGAGGAGCUUUUUGGUCUGCCAGUUACCCAGUAUCCUCAGCUUCUCGAAAUAAAGAAGCAACUAAAUCUUCUCCAGAAAAUAUACACUCUGUACAACAGUGUCAUAGAAACCGUCAAUGGCUAUCACGACAUCCCGUGGUCAGAAGUGAAUAUUGAAAAAAUCAACAGUGAACUUUUAGAGUUCCAGAACAGGUGUCGGAAGCUGCCCCGGGCCUCGAAGGACUGGCAGGCUUUUCUGGAUCUGAAGAGCACCAUCGAUGAUUUCAGCGAGUGUUGUCCGUUGCUGGAGCAUAUGGCCAGCAAGGCCAUGAUGGGCAGGCACUGGGAAAGGAUAGCCGCUCUCACUGGGCAUAGUCUGGAUGUGGGGAAUGAAACUUUUAAGUUAAGAAACAUCAUGGAGGCACCUCUUCUGAAAUACAAAGAGGAAAUAGAGGACAUCUGCAUUAGCGCCGUGAAAGAGAGAGACAUUGAGCAUAAACUGAAGCAGGUGAUUAACGAGUGGGACAGCAAAACGUUCACAUUUGGCAGCUUUAAAACCCGUGGAGAACUCCUCUUGCGAGGAGACAGCACCUCGGAAGUCAUUGCCAGCAUGGAGGACAGCUUGGUGGCACUGGGCUCCCUGCUGAGCAACAGGUACAAUAUGCCGUUCAAAGCCCAGAUUCAGAAAUGGGUGCAGUUACUUUCCAACUCAACAGACAUCAUUGAGAACUGGAUGAUGGUGCAAAACUUGUGGAUUUACUUAGAAGCCGUCUUUGUGGGAGGAGACAUUGCCAAGCAGCUUCCCAAGGAAGCCAAGCGCUUUUCCAAUAUCGAUAAAUCCUGGGUGAAGAUCAUGAACCGGGCGCAUGAAAUGCCAAAUGUGGUGCAGUGUUGUGUCGGAGAUGAGACCAUGGGGCAGCUAUUACCACACUUGCUGGACCAGUUGGAAAUAUGCCAGAAAUCUCUUACUGGAUACUUGGAGAAAAAACGGCUUUGCUUUCCCCGGUUCUUCUUCGUCUCGGACCCUGCCCUUCUGGAGAUUCUGGGGCAGGCAUCGGACACGCACACUAUACAAGCUCAUUUGCUGAAUGUGUUUGACAACAUUAAAACCGUCAAGUUCCACGAAAAGAUCUAUGAUCGUAUUCUGUCAAUUUCCUCUCGAGAGGGUGAGACAAUUGAGUUGGAUAAACCUGUGAUGGCAGAGGGCAAUGUGGAAGUUUGGCUUAAUUCUCUCUUGGAGGAAUCUCAGUCCUCAUUACAUCAUGUGAUUCGCCAGGCAGCUGAAAAUAUUCAAGAGACUGGUUUCCAACUGAUUGAAUUUCUUUCUUCCUUCCCCGCUCAGGUUGGAUUAUUAGGAAUUCAAAUGAUAUGGACACGGGAUUCAGAAGAAGCCCUUAGAAAUGCCAAGUUUGAUAAAAAAAUCAUGCAGAAAACCAAUCAGUCCUUCCUGGAGCUGCUAAAUACCUUAAUAGACAUCACAACCAAGGAUCUGAGUUCCAUCGAACGAGUCAAAUAUGAGACUUUGAUCACUAUUCACGUGCACCAAAGGGAUAUCUUUGAUGACCUGUGUCAAAUGCAUAUCAAGAGCCCUACAGACUUCGAGUGGCUGAAACAGUGCAGAUUUUAUUUCAACGAAGAUUCUGACAAGAUGAUGAUUCGCAUCACAGAUGUGGCUUUCAUAUACCAGAAUGAGUUUUUAGGCUGCACUGACAGGCUUGUCAUAACUCCACUCACAGACAGGUGUUACAUCACGUUGGCUCAAGCUCUGGGAAUGAGCAUGGGAGGAGCCCCCGCUGGACCUGCAGGAACGGGCAAAACAGAAACCACCAAAGAUAUGGGACGAUGUCUUGGGAAGUAUGUCGUGGUUUUCAACUGUUCGGACCAGAUGGAUUUCCGAGGGCUGGGACGGAUUUUUAAAGGGCUGGCACAGUCUGGAUCCUGGGGUUGUUUUGAUGAAUUUAAUCGUAUCGAUCUACCAGUUCUUUCAGUUGCAGCCCAGCAAAUUUCCAUUAUUUUGACAUGUAAAAAAGAGCGUAAAACAUCUUUCAUUUUUACCGAUGGCGAUCACGUGAUUAUGAAUCCCGAAUUUGGACUUUUUCUAACCAUGAACCCUGGCUAUGCCGGGCGGCAGGAACUCCCCGAAAACUUGAAGGUUAACUUCCGCUCCGUGGCCAUGAUGGUGCCCGACCGUCAGAUCAUCAUAAGGGUGAAGCUGGCCAGCUGUGGCUUCAUCGAUAACGUUGUCUUGGCCAGGAAGUUUUUCACGCUCUACAAGCUAUGUGAAGAGCAGCUUUCUAAGCAGGUGCAUUAUGACUUUGGUCUUCGUAAUAUCCUGUCAGUUCUGCGAACGCUGGGGGCAGCAAAAAGAGCCAGCCCCAUGGAUACAGAGUCCACGAUCGUCAUGCGUGUCCUACGAGACAUGAAUCUUUCUAAACUGAUUGAUGAGGAUGAACCUUUAUUUUUAAGUUUGAUUGAAGAUCUCUUCCCAAACAUUCUGCUGGACAAGGCAGGUUACCCUGAACUGGAGUCGGCGAUCAGUAGACAGGUCGAAGAAGCUGGUUUAAUCAACCAUCUUCCUUGGAAACUGAAAGUCAUUCAGCUGUUCGAAACGCAGAGUGUGCGGCAUGGGAUGAUGGCCCUAGGGCCUAGCGGGGCAGGGAAAACCACGUGCAUCCAAAUCCUGAUGAAAGCCAUGACAGGUAGGGGAGCGGCCAAGCCGCGCCAAACAUUUGUUAUCUUAAGCAACACAUUGUUUCCUGUUGAAAACUUUAAUUAUCCAAAGAUCGAGAAGCUGGCUGGCCGGCACCGCCUGGAGCUCUGGCUGCGGUCUCAGGCAGCGCUGGCCUUGGAUCUGCCACCCCUCGCGGGGACUGAGGACACCAUGUUCGACUAUUAUGUCACGUCGGAUGGUAACUGGAUGCACUGGAACACACGUACCGAGGAGUAUGAGUAUCCAUCUAACACCAUCCCAGAAUAUGGCUCCAUCCUGGUGCCAAACGUUGACAAUGUGAGGACGGAUUUCCUAAUUAAAACCAUCGCAAAACAGGGCAAGGCUGUGAUGUUAAUUGGUGAACAAGGAACGGCCAAAACGGUCAUAAUCAAAGGAUUUAUGUCAAAAUACGAUCCUGAAAGUCACAUGAUCAAGAGUCUGAACUUUUCUUCUGCCACCACCCCACUGAUGUUUCAGAGGACAAUAGAGAGCUAUGUGGACAAACGGAUGGGUACAACGUACGGCCCUCCUGCAGGAAAGAAGAUGACUGUUUUUAUUGAUGAUGUGAAUAUGCCAAUAAUCAAUGAAUGGGGAGACCAGGUUACUAAUGAGAUAGUACGACAGCUGAUGGAACAGAACGGCUUUUAUAACCUGGAGAAGCCUGGGGAGUUUACCAGCAUUGUGGACCUCCAGAUUUUGGCAGCCAUGAUCCAUCCUGGGGGCGGGCGCAACGACAUACCCCAAAGACUCAAAAGGCAGUUCUCGAUAUUUAACUGCACGUUGCCCUCUGAUGCUUCCAUGGACAAGAUCUUUGGUGUGAUUGGGACAGGCUAUUACUGUACCCAAAGGGAUUUCUCAGAAGAAGUGAGAGAUUCCGUGAUGAAACUGGUUCCCUUGACGCGACGACUCUGGCAGAUGACUAAGAUUAAAAUGCUUCCUACCCCGGCAAAGUUCCAUUACGUGUUCAAUCUUCGAGAUCUUUCUAGGAUCUGGCAGGGAAUGCUGAACACUACUUCAGAGGUUAUCAAAAAUCCAGAUGAACUGUUAAAGCUGUGGAAGCAUGAGUGUAAACGUGUGAUAGCCGAUCGUUUCACGGUGCCCGAUGACGUGACCUGGUUUGAUAAGGCUUUAGUAAGUCUGGUGGAGGAGGAGUUUGGUGAAGAGAAAAAACUCUUGGUGGAUUGUGGAAUAGACACCUAUUUUGUGGAUUUCCUGAGGGAUGCACCUGAAGCUACAGGUGAACCAUCUGAGGAGGCCGAUGCUGAGAUGCCCAAAGUGUAUGAGCCAAUUGAAUCUUUUGAUCAUCUAAGGGAGUGUUUGAAUCUGUUCCUGCAGCUCUAUAACGAGAGCGUCCGUGGUGCUGGCAUGGAUUUGGUAUUCUUCGAGGAUGCGAUGGUCCACUUGGUCAAGAUCUCGCGUGUCAUUCGCACCCCCCGGGGGAAUGUCCUCCUGGUUGGGGUGGGCGGAUCGGGAAAGCAGAGCCUGACGAGGCUGGCUUCGUUCAUUGCCGGCUAUGCUUCCUUCCAGAUCGCUCUGACAAGAUCUUACAAUGCAACAAAUCUGAUGGAGGACCUGAAAAUUUUGUAUAGAACGGCCGGUCAGCAAGGCCAAGGGAUCACUUUUAUUUUCACGGACAAUGAGAUUAAGGAUGAGUCGUUUUUGGAAUAUAUGAAUAACGUUUUAUCAUCGGGUGAGGUUUCCAACCUAUUUGCUCGUGAUGAAAUUGAUGAAAUUACUAGUGACCUCAUCUCAGUCAUGAAAAAAGAACACCCCAGGCGCCCCCCAACCAAUGAGAACCUGUACGACUACUUCAUGAGUCGGGUCCGACAGAACCUUCACACCGUGCUCUGCUUUUCACCGGUGGGGGAGAAAUUUCGAAAUCGAGCUUUGAAGUUCCCUGCCCUGGUUUCAGGAUGCACUAUUGACUGGUUCAGCCGAUGGCCGAAGGACGCCUUAGUUGCUGUGUCUGAACACUUCCUUUCUUCCUAUGAUAUUGACUGUAGCUUGGGAACCAAGAAGGAGGUGGUCCAGUGCAUGGGCUCCUUCCAGGAUGGGGUGGCUGAGAAGUGUGUCGAUUAUUUCCAGAGAUUCCGACGUUCUACUCACGUGACCCCCAAGUCCUACCUCUCCUUCAUUCAGGGCUAUAAGUUCAUAUACGGAGAGAAGCACAUGGAAGUGCAAACUCUGGCCAACAGAAUGAACACUGGAUUGAAAAAGCUGAAAGAAGCUUCAGAGUCUGUUGCAGCCCUGAGCAAAGAAUUGGAAGCAAAAGAAAAGGAGCUACAGGUGGCAAAUGACAAAGCCGACACGGUCUUAAAGGAAGUGACGAUGAAGGCACAGGCUGCCGAGAAGGUCAAGGCUGAGGUACAGAAGGUGAAGGACAAAGCGCAAGCCAUCGUAGACAGCAUCUCUAAAGAUAAAGCCAUUGCAGAAGAGAAACUGGAAGCAGCCAAACCAGCUCUGGAAGAAGCAGAGGCAGCCCUGCAGACCAUCAAGCCUUCAGACAUUGCGACUGUCCGCACGCUGGGCCGGCCCCCUCACCUCAUCAUGCGGAUCAUGGACUGUGUGCUGCUGCUGUUCCAAAGGAAAGUCAACGCAGUGAAAACCGACCCGGAGAAGAGCUGUCCGGUUCCUUCCUGGCAGGAAUCCUUAAAGCUGAUGACUGCAGGGAACUUCUUACAGAACUUACAGCAAUUCCCAAAAGACACGAUCAAUGAAGAAGUGAUAGAAUUUUUGAAUCCUUACUUUGAGAUGGCAGACUACAACAUCGAAACUGCUAAGCGUGUGUGCGGGAACGUCGCCGGUCUUUGUUCCUGGACCAAAGCCAUGGCUUCCUUCUUCUCUAUAAACAGAGAGGUGUUGCCUCUGAAGGCCAACUUGGUGGUGCAGGAGAAUCGCCACGUCUUGGCCAUGCAGGACCUGCAGAAGGCCCAGGCAGAGCUGGAUGACAAGGAAGCAGAACUUGAUAAGGUUCAAGCCGAGUACGAACAGGCCAUGACUGAAAAGCAGACCUUGCUUGAAGAUGCAGAGCGAUGCCGACAUAAGAUGCACACUGCCUCCGCGCUGAUCGGGGGCUUGGCAGGAGAGAAAGCAAGAUGGACAGAGCAAAGUAAAGAGUUUGCUGCACAAACUAAAAGACUCGUAGGGGAUGUAUUGUUGGCCACGGCUUUUCUGUCUUAUUCUGGUCCAUUUAACCAAGAAUUUCGCAAUCUGCUGUUAAAUGAUUGGCAGAAGGAAAUGAAAGCCAGGGAAAUUCCAUUUGGAGACAGUCUAAAUCUCAACGAGAUGUUGAUCGAUGCUCCUACUAUUAGUGAAUGGAACCUCCAAGGCCUGCCAAAUGAUGACCUGUCCAUACAGAAUGGAAUUAUCGUCACAAAGGCAUCUCGCUAUCCUUUGUUAAUCGAUCCUCAGACUCAAGGCAAGAUCUGGAUUAAAAAUAAAGAAAGCCGAAACGAGCUCCAGAUCACAUCUCUAAAUCACAAGUACUUCAGAAACCACCUGGAGGACAGUCUUUCUCUUGGAAGGCCCUUGCUGAUUGAAGAUGUUGGGGAGGAAUUAGAUCCAGCCCUGGAUAACGUCUUGGAGAGAAACUUCAUUAAGACCGGGUCUACCUUCAAGGUGAAAGUCGGUGACAGGGAAGUAGAUGUGAUGGGCGGCUUCCGACUGUACAUCACCACCAAGCUGCCCAACCCGGCCUACACGCCUGAAGUCAGCGCUCGGACCUCCGUUGUCGAUUUUGCUGUCACCACGAAGGGUCUGGAAGAUCAGUUGCUGGGAAGAGUCAUUCUCACAGAGAAGCAGGAAUUGGAGAAAGAAAGAACUCGUCUUCUGGAGGAUGUAACUGCAAAUAAAAGGCGGAUGAAGGAGCUAGAAGAUAAUUUGCUUUACCGUCUGACGAGUACCCAGGGUUCCCUGGUGGACGACGAGAGUCUCAUUGUUGUGCUGAGUAACACAAAAAAGACGGCUGAGGAGGUGACACAGAAGUUGGAAAUUUCGGCAGAGACAGAAAUUCAAAUUAACUCAGCCCGGGAGGAAUACAGACCUGUCGCCACGCGAGGCAGCAUCCUUUACUUCCUCAUCACGGAGAUGCGCUUGGUUAAUGAGAUGUAUCAGACUUCACUCCGCCAGUUCCUCGGCUUGUUUGACCUUUCCUUGGCCAGGUCUGUCAAGAGCCCCAUUACAAGCAAGAGGAUUGCUAAUAUCAUCGAAUGCAUGACCUACGAGGUCUAUAAGUACGCCUCCCGGGGUCUGUAUGAAGAGCACAAAUUCUUGUUCACCUUGCUGUUAACCCUAAAGAUCGACCUCCAGAGGAACCGGGUCAAGCAUGAGGAAUUUCUCACCCUCAUUAAAGGUGGUGCUUCAUUGGACCUUAAAGCUUGUCCUCCCAAACCAUCUAAAUGGAUUCUGGACAUGACCUGGCUGAAUUUGGUGGAACUCAGCAAACUUAGACAAUUUUCAGAUGUCCUUGAUCAGAUAUCAAGAAAUGAGAAAAUGUGGAAAAUUUGGUUUGAUAAAGAAAAUCCUGAGGAGGAACCACUUCCAAAUGCCUAUGACAAGUCUCUCGACUGCUUUAGACGUCUUCUCCUUAUCAGAUCGUGGUGUCCCGACAGAACCAUUGCCCAGGCCCGCAAGUACAUCGUGGACUCCAUGGGAGAGAGCUAUGCCGAAGGGGUCAUCUUGGACUUGGAGAAGACGUGGGAGGAAUCCGACCCGCGGACGCCCCUUGUCUGUCUCCUGUCUAUGGGGUCCGACCCCACGGACUCCAUCAUCGCCUUGGGGAAGCGACUGAAAACGGAAACCCGCUUCGUGUCCCUGGGCCAGGGCCAGGAGGCCCACGCUCGCAAGCUCUUGCAGCAGACGAUGGCGAACGGAGGAUGGGCGCUUCUGCAGAACUGCCACCUGGGACUGGAUUUCAUGGAUGAGCUGAUGGACAUCAUCGUAGAAGCCGAGACCGUGCAUGACGCCUUCCGCCUAUGGAUGACCACCGAGGUUCAUAAGCGGUUUCCCAUCACGCUCCUGCAGAUGUCCAUUAAAUUCACCAACGAGCCUCCGCAGGGCCUCCGGGCAGGGCUGAAAAGAACAUACGGCGGUGUGAGCCAAGACCUGCUGGACGUGAGCGGCGUGGCACAGUGGAAGCCCAUGCUGUACGCGGUGGCUUUCCUGCACUCCACGGUCCAGGAGAGGCGGAAGUUUGGUGCCCUGGGGUGGAACAUCCCCUACGAAUUCAACCAAGCGGACUUUAAUGCCACGGUGCAGUUCCUCCAAAACCACUUAGAUGACAUGGACAUUAAGAAGGGCGUCUCCUGGACCACCGUCCGCUACAUGAUAGGCGAGAUUCAGUAUGGAGGCCGAGUCACUGAUGACUAUGAUAAGAGAUUGUUGAACACAUUUGCUAAAGUUUGGUUCAGUGAAAAUAUGUUUGGACCAGAUUUCUGCUUUUACCAAGGAUACUAUAUUCCAAAAUGCAGCACAGUGGAUAACUAUCUUCAUUAUAUCCAGGGCUUACCCAACUACGACAGCCCUGAGGUCUUCGGGCUGCACCCCAAUGCCGACAUCACCUACCAGAGCAAGCUGGCCAAGGACGUGCUCGACACUAUCCUGGGCAUCCAACCCAAGGACACCUCUGGCGGAGGGGACGAGACCCGGGAGGCCGUGGUGGCCCGGCUGGCUGAUGAUAUGCUGGAAAAGCUACCCCCUGACUACAGCCCUUUUGAAGUAAGAGAGAGGCUGCAGAAGAUGGGGCCGUUCCAGCCAAUGAACAUUUUCCUCAGGCAGGAGAUAGACAGGAUGCAGAGAGUGCUCACCCUGGCCCGAAGCACCCUGACCGAGCUAAAACUCGCUAUCGAUGGCACCAUCAUCAUGAGUGAAAAUCUUCGAGAUGCAUUGAAUUGCAUGUUUGAUGCCAGAAUCCCUGCUCAGUGGAAAAAAGUAUCAUGGGUUUCAAGUACGUUGGGUUUCUGGUUUACUGAACUUAUAGAAAGAAACUGCCAGUUCACCUCUUGGGUUUUCAAUGACCGACCCCAUUGCUUCUGGAUGACAGGCUUUUUUAACCCCCAAGGAUUUUUAACUGCAAUGCGACAGGAGAUAACUCGGGCCAACAAAGGCUGGGCUUUGGACAACAUGGUGCUUUGCAACGAAGUCACCAAGUGGAUGAAGGACGACAUUUCUGCCCCUCCCACAGAGGGUGUCUAUGUGUACGGCUUGUAUCUUGAAGGUGCUGGCUGGGACAAGAGGAACAUGAAACUCAUUGAGUCCAAACCCAAAGUGCUCUUUGAGUUGAUGCCUGUCAUAAGGAUUUACGCAGAAAACAACACUCUAGGAGAUCCUCGGUUUUACUCCUGCCCCAUCUACAAGAAGCCAGUCCGAACGGACCUAAACUACAUCGCCACCAUGGACCUCAGGACGGCCCAGGCGCCCGAACACUGGGUGCUCCGUGGGGUCGCUCUUCUCUGUGACGUCAAGUAA